AUGAGCGGCAUGGGCGCCCCCUUCGCCCCGCCAGGCCCAGCCGCCUGGCAGGAGCAUCGCACCGCCGAUGGCAGAGUGUAUUACUAUAACUCAGUCACAAAGGUCACCCAAUGGACCAAGCCCGAGGACAUGAUGACACCCGCCGAGCGUGCGCUCGCGAACCAGCCCUGGAAGGAGUACACCGCCGAGGGCGGCAAGAAGUACUGGUACAAUACAGACACGAAACAGAGCUCCUGGGAAAUGCCCGAUGCCUACAAGCGGGCUCUGGGCGUGGGCGACGCAACGCCCACGACACCUGCAACACCUGCAACCCCAUUCCCUUCUGGUGGUCACCAGGCGAGCUUUGGCGGCGGAUUUGGCGGUGGAUCGUACGACAAUCAUCGCGAUAACCGUGACAACCGUGACAACCGCGACCACCGUGACCGCGACCAUCGUGAUCGUGACAACCGCGACCAUCGCGAGCAUCGCGACCACCGUGACCAACGCGACCAUCGCGAGCCGCUCGGUGAAUCUCGCCAGCUAACCUACGGCAACAAUGGCCAAGCUCCUGCUUUCGUCCCAGCGAGCAACGAUCCUGAGUACGCCAGCCCGGAGGAGGCCGAGGCUGCCUUCGUAAAGCUAUUGCGUCGGAGCAACGUCCAACCUGACUGGACCUUUGAACAGGCAGUCCGAGCUAUGGCCAAGGACCCCCAGUUUCGGGCCAUCAAAGACCCCAAAGACCGCAAAACCGCUUUUGAGAAGUACUGCCACGAUGUAGUUGUUCAAGAUAAGGAGCGGGCCAAGGAGAGACUGGCCAAGCUUCGCGCAGAUUUUGCAACCAUGCUACGGAGCCAUCCCGAAAUCAAGCACUAUACUCGCUGGAAGAAAGCCCUCCCCAUUAUCGAGGGCGAAACCAUCUUUCGCUCGACAAAUGAUGAAGGCGAGCGGCGUCAACUCUUCAGAGAUUACAUCGUUGAUCUUAAGAAGGCACACAAGGAGCAGCAGCUGGCCUUGCACAAGAGCGCCAUGGAAGGGUUGAUCGAGCUGCUUCCCAAGCUGAACUUAGAGCCGUACACUCGUUGGUCGGAUGCUCAAGUUACGAUCGAAAUUUCACCACCCUAUCAAACGGAAGAGAAAUAUCGGUCAUUGAGCAAGUAUGAUGUUCUCACUGUCUUCCAAAACCAUGUCAAGGGCUUGGAACGGACUUUCAACGACUCGAAACAAAAGGAGAAAAACAUGAAGCUGCGCAAAGAGCGCCAAGCCCGCGACAGCUUCAUUAAACUCGUGGGUGAACUCAAGAACUCCGGCAAGAUCAAGGCUGGCACGAAGUGGUCCCAGAUAUAUCCGACUAUUGAGAACGAUGAUCGCUACAAGGCCAUGGCUGGUCAACCUGGAUCUACUCCAAUGGAGUUGUUUUGGGAUGUCGUGGAAGAAGAGGAGCGUGCCUUGAGAGGACCUAGAAAUGAUGUUCUGGACGUCAUUGACGACAAACGUUUCGAAAUCACAUCCAAGACGACUUUUCAGGAGUUUGAGGCAGUUAUCAAAGAUGAUGGCCGCACGUCCAAAAUUGACAAAGACAUUCUGGAGUUGAUUUUCGAACGCCUUCAAGAGAAGAAGCUGAAGCGGUCUAAUGACGACGAUCGGCAUUCAGAGCGCCACCAGCGCCGAGCCUUUGAUUCCCUCCGGUCGCAUAUGAAGCGCCUGGAUCCACCAAUCGCUGUGACGGAUACCUACGAGCAAGUCAAAGGUCGCCUUGCCCAUAGUGAGGAGUUUAAGGCCGUAGCCUCAGAAGAAUUUCGCCAAGGCGCGUUUGACAAGCAUAUCCGUCGCCUCAAGGAGAAAGAGGAAGAGGCCGAGAAGGACCGCCAGCGACGUCGAGAUCGCGGGGAUGGGCACCGUGGUGACAGAGGUGAGCGAUCUCAUCGCAGCAGUGCGCGUUCCGCUAGGAGCCACAGCCCGGAGCACGACUCGUACGAGGCGGACCGACGAAAGGCCAUUGCGGAACGCGAGCGAAAUUUCCGCAAGUCGAGCAUGGCAGAAAACCUCCUGUCGGACCGCAAACCUGGCGACUCUCAACUCGAUGCUGUGCGCGACCGAGAGCGCGACCGCCGUGAUCGUCGUGACCACCACGACCGCGACCGAGAGCGCGACCGAGAGCGCGACCGGGAGAGGGAUGGCCGCGGGGAUCGCGAAAGGGAGCGUGACAGAGAUGGAGACCGUGAUCGAGCCGACCGCGACCGAAGUGAUCGCGGUGACCGUGGCCGCGCUGAGCGGGACAAUCGCGACUACGAUCGUCGCCCUCGACCCGAUGAGUCGAACCAUUAUGAUCGAGAGCGUCGUACUCGGGAGGAGCAUAGAGAGACCAUAUAUCGCAGGCGAGUAUUAGACCGCGAUGUUGAUGAACUUCCGUAUGGUGAUGAGAGACCCAGUUCAUCUCGCCGCCCCCGACCUGACGAGGACGACCAAGACCGACGAGACGCCCGACUUGCCAAGAGACCUAGAGUCGAAGCUCCUCGCGAGAAAACACCCCAGCGUGAUGCUCGUCCCACCGCCAUGACGCCACAGAAAGAGAAGACACCAUGUGUCCGAGCCGGGAGCGAGGAAGGCGAAAUUGAGGAGGAUUAA